AUGCCAAAUCAAAACGAGGAAAUUUUGCAGCUAGAAUAUGUAAGAAUGAAAAAAAAGAUGAACGGAAUUAUAAGACAAAUCAAUGCAUUGAAAGAAGACCAAAAAAGGUGAGUGCUUUUGGAAAAAUCUUUGAUUUCGAUUAAUUAAUUGAUUUUGCAGACUUGAAGAAAGAUUAUCUCGUACAGAAGAUAUGUUAGAGAGUAUAAAGAAAAUACAACAACUAAAUAAAAGUAUAAGAUUCAAAGAAAAAUAUGAUGAAAAAUCGGAAGAUUUGGAUGUUUUGUAUGAACAACGUUCAAAGUUAAUUGAGAAUAUAAUAGAGACACUGCCAACCAAAUACUUUAUACAGUUGAAAAUUCGUCUAAAAGCUGAUGGUGCACCAUCAUUGGUCAUUGAUAGCUUGAUAUGUGGCGCUGAAAAUGAGCCUGUGCCAUUCCAACAACAACCUACAAAUGGUGCUAUUGGUCGAGGAGGACAAAAAAAUGGUGGCAGAACUUUUGAAAUAAGUGAUGUGAGUUUUUGGAAUCUGCUAUUUGACUUUUAGAAUGUGAUUUUGCUCCGAAAAUCUUAAACUACCAGUUAAGUUAUCCACACUAUGUUUUUCUCUCACUUGGCCUAGAAAACCAAAUCUGGGCCACGCCCACUCUUGACUCCUCCCCCUUUUCUCUUCCAUUUUUUAACAAGAUUUUCACACUUUUACCCAUUUUUCUCGUGAAAUGGGCAAUUAAUCCAAAAAGUCGAAUUUCUAAGUUGUUCGGAGGUCUUCGCGGUGGCAGAGAUAUACAACUUCAUGGAUUUACUUUCGCAAAGUCGGCUUAAUUUCAAAAAUUGAUCCGAUUUUUCGGGUCCGGUUCAGAAUUUUUCUCAGGAAAUCGAACCUGGUCCGAUACUUAUUGUACAUGGAUUCAAAUUUUCUCACCAAACAUUUCUAAUUUAACCUAAUUUUGCAGGAAGUUCUCGCAUUAUUAAAUAACGGAACGCGCCCGGCUUACGUCGACUCCCAAAAUGGUCAAAUGUCAAUUUACAUGGGUUCAAUGGUCCGUUCUGUUGGCACAUUGAACAAGUCAAUCAAAAAUGGCGAGGAAAAUCGGAAAAAAGUGGAGCGAGAGGAGUCGUAUGUGUGAUUUUUGUGUGUUUUUUCUUGUAUAUUUAUUUGUCUUUUUUUUCCUACAUAAUUAUCUAUAUGAGUUUUGAAAACUGUAUAAAAAAUUUAGCAAAAAAUCGAGAUUUUCAAGGAAAAAAAAUUGUAUUUUUUUGCAAUUCGAGGGAGACGCAGACUUUAACGUGUGCAGACGAAUCUCUCGCCAAAAAGGGACAGUGUCCCUUAGGGACACAGCACGUCGAGAACAGCGACUUUUUGCGUCUCCUAGAAAUUGCAUUUUUCUAUUGGAAAAAAACACAGUAAAAACAACAAAAAAUAGACCUGGCGACCAAAAAAAAAAUAAAAUGAAUUUUGAAAAUGAAAAAAUGAAAUGGGCGUGGCCUAUUCACGUGAGCCAAUCAGAAACGUAGACAAGAAUUUAAUGGAAGGCUAUCUAUUUUUUCUGAUUUUCGAACGAUUUCUAGCUUUCUACUUGUCUUUAAGUUGUAAUUUUUCUUUGAAAUUAGAAUCAAAAAUCACUUUAAAAAAUUUCAGAUUUUUAUAUUAUGCAUCGUCCAAAGUGAAAAAAAAUACGAAAAAUAAAAAAAAACGUCCAAACAGACGCAUUUUUUUACGCAGAAAUCGCAUUUUUUCGCGUUUCCUGGUGUUUUUCGAGCCAAAAUGGACAGAAAUUGAAAGAAUUUGUCUGAAAUGGUGUUUUCAUUGAUAAUAGAGGAAAAAUCAGUGGUGAAACAUGAAAAAUAUCUUUUAAAAAUCGUUUAUAUUUGCGUAUUAAUCAUUUUCUGGUUCAAAGCUCAAGCUUCUUGAUGAAUCCGACAAUUCGCUUCCAGGAAAAGCACGGUUUGUUGGUGCAUUUUUUUUGAGUUUUCAGGUUUUCGCGACUUGGAGGGGAUGUCGCGAGUCGUAGCUCGCAACCUUCCGAAACAUUUGGCAAAGACGGCGAACAAUUGGAAAAUCGGGAAGCGAACAACCGGGGACUUGGCCGAGGAUCCGACAAAAGCAGCAAAUCGCGCUCCAGCGAUAAUUUAGUUUAAAUAUUUUAUAUUUUUUGCUCUUUUCGCAACAUUUUAGGCUAAUGAUAAAAUGCAAUAGGGUGAGAGGAAGAGAUUUAGAGAAAAACAUAAAAGAAUUCACGUUUUGUUGAUUAUUCGCGUGAACUCUUGUCGCCUCGCUUCAUUUUUCAAAAAACACAUUGAAAAAUAAUACAUGUGUGUAUAGCGCUUGGCCAUUUGUUUGAUCAAUGUCGGCGAUACGUUUGAACGACCUCUCAGAAAAUGUUCGAAAAAAUGGAGUUUUUGUUCUCAUUUGAGCACGUUUGCCCACUAAAAACGUAUGUUUUCUCUAGAAUCUCUCUCCUCUCACCCAAUUGCGUUUCGGAACGUUGUGUUUUUGGCCCCGCGAAUUCCUUUUCCCGCGAAAACCCGACUAUAAAAAGCCGGGUUUUCCUCAGUCUUGCCACUAGAACCACAAUGUGACCCCUAUUCCCCUAUUUUUAGUUUUUGCCCCGUAUUUAUUCUUAUUUUUAGCAUGUUUUUCUUAUAAUUUAUUCACAUAAAUAUACUAAUCAAAUGAGUUCGAAUUGAGGGACGUUUUGAGGGAUUUGGGGUUAACAGAUGCUCCUAGGGAGCUUUUGAGAGCGACUUAAGGAUGCAGAAGUCGAAAUGGUGCAUCGACUAAACACCGUUUAGUCGGGAUGAGUGGUGGCAGCCUCAUCCCAAAGAAGAUAGAUUGCAAGCAAGAAUUCCACGCAGUUUUGGCGGAGUUUGCGGUGGUCUGCCAGGACUUUCAAAGAAUGUUGAGGUUUUGGCGGAUUAUUGGCAGCUCCACGAAGAUUCAAGAGGAAUUUAA